AUGGCGGAGAGGGAGGAGGAGGAGGCGUCCACGUCGGUGCCGCUGAGCCAGGGCGCGGAUCUCGAGGCGCCGCCCCCGCCGAGCUCCCCCAACUCCUCCACUCGCAAGUAUUACUAAACAAAACCUCUUAACCAGGCAUGUUGUGCGGUUCUCCAGAGCUGGUUCUCAAGAAAAUUCAUGACCGGAUGUGUUGUUCUUUUUCCUGUUGCUGUCACAUUUUUCCUGACAUGGUGGUUUGUUCAGUUUGUUGAUGGUUUCUUCAGUCCUCUAUAUGCCAAGCUUGGUGUUGACAUAUUUGGCCUUGGAUUUUUGACAUCUGUGGUAUUCAUAUUUCUUGUUGGGAUAUUUGCUUCUUCAUGGUUGGGCGCCACUGUUUUCUGGGUUGGAGAAUGGUUCAUAAAGAAAAUGCCCUUUAUGAAGCAUAUUUACUCAGCAUCAAAGCAAAUCAGCACGGCUAUUUCACCAGAUCAAAAUACCACAGCAUUUAAGGAGGUAGCUAUCAUACGCCAUCCACGGAUUGGUGAAUAUGCAUUUGGUUUCAUCACAUCAUCUGUGGUCCUUCAGAGUGAUAAAGGUGAUGAAGAGUUAUGUAGUGUUUACGUCCCAACAAACCAUCUAUAUAUUGGUGACAUAUUUUUGGUCAACUCUGAAGAGGUCAUUAGACCGAAUCUAUCCAUUCGAGAAGGCAUAGAGAUUAUUGUGUCUGGGGGGAUGACUAUGCCACAAGCGAUUGCUCCUCUCGAGCGGGCUUCUCAUAAGAAUCAGAGUAUCCGCCUGGACCGAAUCGCAUAAAGCUUUCUCACUCUCUCAAUCUACAAAUGAGGUUAAGUUGGGUUACAGGACCAAAACAUCGAUGCUCUGAGUUAUUUAAAUCGGUGUGCAACUUCUGUGCUUUAAUAUGUAGAUAUUAAACCUUUCUAGGCUUAAGGGUGAAGGAACAAAUGUGGCUGAGAAAGAUUUUUUAUUUAUUCAAGUUCGUAUAGUGGAAUACAGCAUGGUAAGACAUACAUACAAUUCUAUAGGUUUAUGUGUAUACAUCCACAUCCUAAUGUUUCUACCCAGUAGAGAAUAUUGUGUUCUCGUUGAAUUCAAUAAACAUUUUAUAUGUAUAACUAAAUGAAAAGUGCUAGAGUUUCUCAUCUUUCAUUGUUAACAGGCUUGGUUAAA